AUGCAAAACCUAUGUGUAUUCAAAUCUAGUAAAAUUCUACAUACAAAUAUUCACAGUUUAAGCUCACUACGAGAAAAAGGUUCAUUUUUAUCUCGUAUUCGAUAUGUGCUUAAUCAUUAUUGGAUUGGAUCAAAAUUACUUUAUGAUAAUUAUAAAACAGCUCGAGAAAUUCGGAAAAAAGAUGUGAACUCGUUAACACGUCUUGAUUAUUUAACGUUAGAACAAUAUCGUUACGAUAUUCGUAUUGGAGCUCCAUUUGUUUUACUAUUUGCAAUGCCUAUUAUUGGUUAUAGUGCACCUCUUCUUGCACUCAUUGCUCCAAAAUAUCUUCCAUCGACAUUAAUUAUGCCUAAACAAAAGGUUGAAUUUUUAAAAGAUGAUGCAAAUGUAUCAUCGUCAAUUAUUGAUUCAUUAAUUAAAUUAAGUAAACGUCAAUAUGAUUCAGAAAAAAUUCAUGAUUUUAUAUCAAUUAUACAAUUUAUAAAUAAAAUUUCCAGUGCAAAUGAUCGAUUUGAAUCAAUAAUGUCAUCAAUUGAAGAAACAAGUUCAUUAUUUAAUAGAAAUCUUAAUUUAUCAUCAAUUGAGCGUCAACAUUUAUUAUUAGUUCAUCAAUCAAUAUUACAUUCAUCAUUUAUUAGUAAAUAUUUAUUAAAUAAUUACUCAAUUAUAAAACAAAUUGAAAAUUGGCAAAAUCGAAUAUUUAAUGAUGAUCAAAUAUUAAUUAAGAAUAUAAAUAAACUUAGCAGAUAUGAAUUAGUGUUAUCUCUUUAUUCUCGUGGAAUUUAUCUCCAUUUAAAUGAAAUGGCUAACGUUUUAAAAUAUGAACAAAUCAAUCAUUUCAAUCGAAUUGAAAAAAAGAAAACUGAAAUUAUUGAACUUAGUGAAAAUAUUUUAAAUGAUUGGAAACAAAUAUUAUAUCAAUGGAUUAAAAUUCAUAAAAGUAUUUCAAAAAGAAAUCAAAUAUCAACUAGUUUUCUUGUUCAUAUUGGACCUUUACUUACAAAAAAAUAA